AUUCCUCUGUAACUACUGUGGUUGGUGUGUAGUCUUACUACUUCCCUUGUUUGAUCAAUGGCUUUCAGAAAUCUGACGUCCAAGAAAAUCAUUAGCUUUUUUUUAAAACUAUCAGUGAAAUGCCCCCUUAUAUUUCAUUUUACUGUCCUAACUUUUAUUUAUUUUCAGUUCCCUGAUGUACUCACUAGCAUAAGGAGGAAUUGUGUUUGUUCAGCAUGUCACUCAGAACUGGGCUCUGCUACUAAACAUCUGUGCGGUGUGAUUUCUUCACCUCUAGGGCAGCAACAAGGAGUUAGCUAAGUAAUCCACAGCCAGGGAGGGAGACAAAAUGUGACUUUAAAAGGAAAGAUAGGGAGCAAUGACAACAUUUUCCAUUUGAUCUUAAAAUAGGUCCGGUUACAUGGAGCUACGGACAGCAGUUCUUACAGAAUAGUGUCAGGUCAGUUCCUCAAACCAAAGGGAAAGCCUGAGUCACAGUCUGAGCUCUUCUCUAGCUUCUUUUGUGUUGAACAGCAGAGCCCAGCUGGAUCACUGGUGUGGAAUUUCUGAGCGGCUCAUUUGCGCUGCCGCUGCUGGGGUUACCCGAGGCAGGAGCUGGGCUGGGCAUUACUGAUUCGAUCUGUGGGGCACAGCUGCCAGGAUCCCUGUACUUCAGCUGGGGUCACCACGGGAUAGGAGGGGCUGUCACUGUCCACUCUUCCCUUUGCAGAGGGCUGCCCCGAGACCCGUCGGCGAGGGCACGCCCAAUCUCCGGGCUGGUACGAGGGAGGGGUUUCCACCGACUUCUCCAGGGGUCUCAGGCGUGCAGAGGCGCGUCCAGGGCCCUGGCUGGCCUCACCCCGUGACCUCGGGCAGCCCUGCGCCGGGGAAAUGGGCUCGCCCACCAGGAGCUGACUCGAGGAGCCUGGAGUGCCCGGCUCGUCUCUCGGGAAAUGCCCCAGUGCCCAGCGCGUCCGGGACAGGCGGGCUCGCUGGCGGGCUUGUCACCCGAUUGUAAAGCGCAACGCCCUCGCCUUUGUCCCGCGGGGCGCGCUCUCUAUUUACCCUCCUCGCCUCUUACUUCCUUGUUCCCCGGCGGGCCAGGUGCUGUAAACCACCGUGCGGACACCGCACCUGGCUCGCCGCGGAUGUAAGAGGAAGAGGAGGAGAUGCGGCUGCCUGCCCCGUCCCUGUGCCAACAACCCCCAUGGCACCCACACGCCGGAGCUCCAAGCCCGGGGGUUGGCACCCGCGCUUCUGUCUUGGGGGCAGCAGCCGCACUUUCCCUUGCUCUGCUGUCUGAUGCCCUGGGUGCCAGCCAGAUGCCAGGCGCCUGCGUCACUCCCCAAGGGAACUGCACCCGGUUCCCCUUCUUCUCGGAUUUCAAGGGCCAGAACAAGGUGGCCCUGAGCGCCCUGGAGUCCGCCGUGCUCGCCUUCAUCUUCCUGGUGUCCCUGCUGGGCAAUGCCUGCGCCAUCUCGUUGCUGGCCAGGAAGAAGAGGCUGCGCACCGCCAACUGCCUGGUGCUCAACCUCUUCUGCGCUGACCUGCUCUUCAUCAGCGCCAUCCCCGUGGUCCUCGUGGUGCGCUGGACCGAGUCCUGGGUACUGGGGGACUUCGUCUGCCACAUGCUCUUCUACGUGAUGAGCCUCAGCGGCAGCGUCACCAUUCUCUCCCUGGCGGCCGUCAGCCUGGAGCGCCUGUUCUGCAUCGUGCGGCUGCGGCACACGGCCCGCUGCAGCUGCAGGCUGCUGGCCGGGAUCCUGCUGCUCAUCUGGGGCCUCUCCGCCCUCGCCACCCUCCCGCUCUGCCUCUUCUUCAGCGUGGAGCCGCUGCUGGUGCGCGGUGAGGAAGUUCAAAUUUGCACCUUGGUUUGGCCCAGCAUUGCAGGAGAAAUCUCUUGGGACGUAACAUUCACCUUUGUGGUCUUUGUAAUACCAGGAUUAGCCAUUGUGAUCAGUUAUACAAAAAUUUUACAGAUUACAAAAGCAUCACGAAGAAGAUUAAAUGUCAGUUUAGCCUAUUCAGCAAAUCAUCAGAUUCGAGUCUCCCGACAAGAUUACAAACUAUUUCGAACUUUGUUUCUGCUGAUGAUCUCUUUCUUCAUCAUGUGGAGUCCAAUUGCUAUCACUAUUCUCUUAAUUUUAGUUCAGAACUUCAAACAUGAUUUAGAUAUUUUGCCAUCAUUUUUCUUCUGGAUAAUGGCAUUCACUUUUGCCAACUCUGCUGUCAAUCCAGUUUUGUAUAAUGUUACCCAUUUCAGACAUGAAUGGCGGCAAGUUUUUUCAUGUUGCACAGCUCUUCCUGGAAGGAGAAUGACUAGUACGGAAACCACGGCAAGAAGAAAUGACCAGAGACAACCUAACAUAUCCGUAAUUUCCAAAUAAUUUACAAACUAUGACUCAACUGUUGCUUUGGCUGCUAAACCAUACACUUUUCCACACUGACAAGCUCCCCAUUUUAUAGUAUUAUGUGCUAAAGAAAGCAUAUAGAAAAAUAAUAAAUGUAUAGUUAAACUUCUACAUUCCUAACCUAGGCAAAGUUCACUUGUCUUGGGAGUUUUACCUUACUAACGACUGCAGAAUUUAAUCCUCUCUUCUCACACUGAUGUAAUCAAGAGUAACUUCACUGACAUUGGUGGAAGCACAGGUUUGUGAAACAGUGUAACUUCUAAUAAUUAGGCUUUUCAGGGCAGCUGGUAUAAGUUGUCCAUUGAUUACAGUGGAGCCCGGGCAAUUUACAGCAGCUGAGGAUCUACCCUAGUUUCACUAUUUGCCUUUUUAAAUGGGUGUAAAAAGUGCACCUUCAAAAAUGUGUACUCACUAAGUCCAUAACAUUAAAAAAAGGUGUUUACAUGCACAAAUUAGGUGACUGGCUGCCUAAACAUGCUUUUGUGAAAAUCAUCUUUAUGUAUAAAAUGCCAACCUGAACAACCAAAUGUGAGUUUUGCUGGUUCAAUGAGCAUAUGAUCAUUUUUGCUGGUAUGUCCUACAUCUGAAAAUUUGGUCCUUAUAACUAGUUAAUGUCUGGCACCAUUUUUGUUGGACUUAAUGUUACAGUAGAUAGAAUUGUUUAUUUUUCUUAAGCAUGUAAAAAUAAGGUAAUUACAAAUUGUGUAUUUUUACACAUCUUCAGUCCACUAUGAAGUGUAAUAAAAUAAAAAUAUUCUCUGAUGUGGUCAAUGAAUUUCCUUUUGUAUUUAAAUACUAUUUUGCUUUCCAGUGAAUCCAAUAAAGAUGAUGCACUAAGUCAAGACGGCUUUUUAAAAUUAAAUAGAUAAUAUGGGAUUUUAAAAAAUUUGCCUGCAAAAUUAUUGGACAAAGUAAAAAAAAACAAACAGCCAAAUAACAAACCUAUGAAAGAUUACAUACUUAAAUACUACCACCUGUAUUCCUUAUUCUAAACAUUGCAGUAAAAUAAUGGUUUUGCCAAUAAAACAUCUUCUCUCUAUAUUUACAGAUUAUUCAUUUCCUGUUAUUCACAUUUAUUAAAAGUUUCAUUGGUUUAUUGACAGGGUGAGCUACAGAGCUCAGAUAAAUAUAUUUUAAGUCUGAGAAGCUGUUUUAAAGGUUAACAUAGUCACUCUGUAAACUUUACAUCCGCAUUGAUGUUACAUGAUUUGUUUCCAUAGUUUCAAAA